AUGUAUUAUAUCCUAAUGUUAAACGCGGUGAAAACGACCAAUGUGUUCAGGUGGUUUCACGGUCGCGUUAACCUGUAUUUCGGAAGCGAUUCAGUCAAGUGCCUCUGGUCGGGGCAGUUGGGAGACCCGACACGCCUCGUGGACCCGACCCCUUGCGGGCCACUCGCAUGUGGGUACGCGUUUGACAGAGUCCUCAACGAGCUAGACGCGGUUGUUGGACACGAACCAGCGCCACGCAUCGCUGAGCCAAUUGCCAGGACAUUGACCACGUUGCGGCAGGAUGCGAAACGGGCCGCGGAUGAGCUCACGUUCAAGUCUAGGAAGCCGUACAACAAGGAGGAGGGCUCGAGCUCUGACCGCGACGAGGAUGCCCCUGAGAACGCGCAUCAGGGUGGACGUGACAAGAAUGCAGCGGAAGAGGCAGAUGGCCAGGGUCGCGGACAGGUUGAAGGGGAUGCAGCGGAGCGCGAUGAUGUCGCGAUGGAUAACCAAGGCGGUGAUUUGGAGCUGGAGGGUUCGGACGAAAUGGAGGAAGAGGAUGACGAAGAGGAGGAGGAGGAGGAGGAGGAGGAGGAGGAGGAGGAGGAGGAGGAGGAGAAGGAGGAGGAGGAUCUACAUGUUGCGCUGUCCCCCCGUCCAGGAAGCGCGACCCCAUCAUGCGAGGUCGCGGGCAAGAGCCCGGUCGCGGGAAAGCGGAAAUACGCGGAGCUGGUCAAGAUGCAGCCUGGUAAGUUGGCCGAGGAAAUCCUCCGCUUGGACGAGCAGAGUUACGAGGAGCUCGCGGCCACGGUGGAGAAGGUGCUGCAUCAUCUCCAGAACGCGGAAUGGGCAAUAGUCAAGGAGACCAAAGCUGCCGCAAAGGACAGGGCAGAGAAUCACGACCUGAGGGAGAAGAAGUUGACGGACGAGGUCGCUCGGAAGAUUGGCGGCGCGUCAUCCAACAUUGUGGCCACCUCCGAACGCGCGAUCACAACAAGCGGCGUCACCAACGCUCUCAACACCGUCAUCGUCCUGCUUUCCGGUCGUGAGGCUCCGCGACCAGGCACAGAUGGAUCGCAGGGGAAGGGAUCAGACGAGGUCGCGGAGAAAGAGGCAGGGAAAAGGGGCACGGAGAAAGAUACAACGAAGAAGGAGACAAUGAAGAAGCCGCGGACAAGGAGACAGGUAAGAGGGUCGCUGACAAGGAGACAGGGAAUGAGCAAGGGGGGCGCGGUAGAUCUGCGUCCAGGGCUGCUCCCGAGGGGAACCACCAAGGGGGAUGCUGCUGCGGGACCACCGCCUGCCCCCUCGGCAGUGGAAGCUGGUAAAGGCAAGGCUAAGGUCGAGGACGCCCUGCCGGCCACCACCACCGCGCUAGUGCCCGCGGCAGGCAACACCACCGCGGUCGCGCCCGGGCAACCUGGACCCAGCUCCACCGCCCCUGCAAUCCCCCCAUCCGCAGAUGCCAAGGUGAAGAAUCAGGGUCGCGGUGGUUGUAAGCUGCCUGCAGGCGCGUUGAAGGUGGACCACGACUACGACGACGACUCGGACGCGGACGACGUGGUUCAGCUGGUGCUGCAAAGGCUCGUAGGGCCGAGCGACAACAGCGGCACUAGCGGCAAGCGCAAGGGAUGUGGUAUCCGCGCGCUGCCCAGGGGUGUAGAGGGGAUGGUGGGCGAACCGUGGCUGGGGGGGAGACGUCGCUGGCUAGGACUUCACUUCCUCCAAGAGGUGCAGUACCUGACUGCGAUCGCGGUCAUGUGUUACGACAAGAAGAUAGACCCCGGGCUCAAGCUGACUGCGCAGCAGAAAAGUGAGUGGGCCGAGGACAUCUCUGCGGUGGGCAAGGAGGCGGCAGACGAGGAGCCCGAUGUCACCGGCGCCUAG